UCCCCUCCCCCGCCCUUCCCGCGCGGUCCUCCCGGGCCUAGCUUCCUGCAGCCCCUGCACCCUGCCCGAGGGAGAGGUUCCGGAGCCCGGGCGCGGGCGGGGGCCCGGUGUUGUCGCCGUCGGCCUGCCCGCCCCAGCCCCCUCGGCAGUGCCUCGGGAGCUUCAGCUGCCCAUGUUGUGCAGUUGGACAGAUAAGAAUCACAAGAAAAGCAGAUGGCAUCCGGGGAUUUCUGCUCACCUGGAGAAGGGAUGGAAAUACUCCAACAAGUGUGCAGCAAACAGCUUCCUCCUUGCAACUUGAGUGAAGAGGACCUGUUACAGAACCCACACUUCAGCAAACUGCUGCUGAGUCUCUCACAACAUGUGGACGAGAGUGGCUUAAGCCUCACGCUGGCAAAGGAGCAGGCUCAGGUGUGGAAGGAAGUUCGAUUGCAUAAGACCACAUGGUUAAGGUCUGAAAUUUUACAGAGAGUCAUUCAAGAGCUGCUUGUGGACUAUUACGUGAAGACACAAGACACAAAUGUAACUUCUGAGGACAAAAAGUUUCAUGAGACCCUUGAACAGCGGCUUCUUGUGACUGAGCUGACACGGCUCUUAGGUCCCAGCCAGGAUAGGGUGGUGCCUCCAAGGCUUGGGCUGGAGAAGACGGACCUCCUGGAGCUCAUGCCACCCUCAGAGGAUUUUGUGUGGAUGAGAGCCCGGCUCCCGCUGGAAGUGGAGGAGCAGCUCAAGAAGAAAUGUUUCACUCUGCUCUGCUACCACAAUCCCAGUUCAGAUUCAGACAGUGAAACCCUGAAGGCCGCCAAGGUAUGGAACCUCGCAGAGGUCCUGGUGGGUGAGAAGCAGCAGUGCCAGGAUGCCAAGAGCCAGCAGAAGGAGCAGCUGGUGCUGCUGGAGAAGAAGAGUGCCACCUACUCCCAGGUGCUUCUCCGCUGCCUGGCCUUGCUGCAGAGACUUCUUCAGGAGCAUCGCCUGAAGACUCAGUCUGAGCUGGACCGUAUCAAUUCCCAGUACCUGGAGAUCAAGUGCAGCGCCAUGAUCCUUAAGCUGCGGAUGGAAGAGCUAAAGAUUUUGUCUGACACUUACACUACUGAGAAAGUGGACGUUCAUCGUCUCAUUAGGGACCGUUUGGAGGGGGCCAUUCGCCUACAGGAGCAGGACAUGGAGAAGUCCCGACAGGUCCUGAACACCUAUGAGGUCCUCGGGGAGGAGUUUGACAGGCUGGUGAAAGAGUAUACCCAACUCAAGCAGGCAACUGAGAACAAGCGCUGGGCCCUCCAGGAGUUCAGCAAGGCCUACCACUAGGCAUGGGUGGGGCCGGGAGGCUCUGCUUCUGCACAGGGGCUGCCUCCUUCUCUUCCUGCUAAAAGGACCACCUCCUCCUGAGGCCACCUUCACUCAAGAGAGUCUGGGGACAUUUGCUCAAAACACUGCAGUUCUUUAGGCACCCUCUUGGUUUUUCUUCCUUGUUUACAAUGACCGAGUCUCUUCUAGAAAAUGUAACAGAUUUGUAUAAUUUUAUGUACAGCUAUUUGUCAGUGUCAGCCCUGUAUCGUAUUUAUCUCCUGAAUAAAGUGAUGAUGUUGUAUCU